UCUACUCAGAAGUAAGUCCCAUUUCAUCCAAUGGAAUUUACUCCCAGGAAAGUGUUCUUAGGAUUUCAACCUAAGUUUACCUGGGCCCAGUGACCUUUGAGGAAGUGGCUGUGCGUUUCACAGAGGGAGAGUGGGGUCUGCUGGAUCCGGGCCAAAGAGCGCUGUACAGAGAAGUCAUGGUGGAGAACUAUGGGAACGUGGCCUCCUUGGAAGGACCUCCAGUGGCCAAACCCGAACUCAUCUCCUGGCUGGAAGAAAAAGAAGAGUCGUUUGAUGAAAACUUUGAAGAAGGGGAGAGACCAGCAGAUGAUGACAUUGUGACAGUGAUUGGGGAAGAGAAUUUUCAACAGGAAGGCCACGUGUUGGAAGAAUCACUAGAGGCUUUACCAGGAGGGUCCCAGGAGAUAGUUUCCUUCCUGACCAAAGCUAUUGAGCCUGACGACGGGGAGAGUGAGAGCGAGUGGGAACCCGGAGAGAUGUUGUCCGAAGAAACGGAGGAUGAAGAUGCAGAUGAGAACUACGGGAGUCAGGAUGGACCAGAGAGGCAGGAGGAAACCCCUGCAGAGAUGUGGAGAAACAAAUUCCCUGAUAACCAGGGUAAAGACUUCCCUGGAACGCCGGCUCAGCAGAAAACGCACAAGGGAAAGAGGAAGAACCAAUGCAAAGUUUGCGGGAAAAGCUUCACUCGUAAAUCAAGCCUUAAGGUGCACCAGAGAAUUCACACAGGUGAAAAGCCUUACAAAUGCACCGUCUGUAGCAAGGGCUUUUGCGAUAAGACAAGCUUUCUCAGGCAUCAGAGGAUCCACACUGGCGAGAAACCAUAUAAGUGCCCCGAUUGCGGAAAGAGCUUCAACCGGACCACCAACCUUAUCACGCACCAGAAAACCCAUGUGGAGACGCGGGAGAAAACCUUCCACUGCUCUAGCUGCAGCAAGAGUUUCUACAACAAGUACAGCCUCAAGACGCACUGGCGCAGCCAUACCGGGGAGAAGCCUUACAAAUGCUCCAGCUGCAGCAAAAGCUUCUGCGACAAAUCCAACCUCGAGGCACAUUGGCGGGUGCACACGGGCGAAAGGCCCUUUGAAUGCUCGGAGUGCGGGAAGACCUUCAGCGACCGCCGCACCCUCCUGCGGCACCAGCGGAUCCACACCGGGGAGAAGCCGUACCGGUGCUCGGAGUGCGGGAAGAGCUUCAAUGAUCUUGCCACACUCCUGCGGCACCAGAAGAUCCACACGGGGGAGAAGCCGUACCGGUGCACGGAGUGCGGGAAGAGCUUCAACCAGAGCUCCCACCUGAUCCGCCACCAAGCCACACAUGAGCAGCGCCAGAAGAGCACUUCGCGUGGGGCUAAAGCGGCAUCAAUUGGAACCAAUAUCUUUUUGGACAUUGGCGAUUUUGCCCAGGAGGGCUACUACAGGUACACUCACCCGACAGAAACCUUCCACUGGCCGCUCACAUCCUACUCCCCUCCCACAGAUACAGGAGGAGGCAGUGGCAUUACGAAUGUCUGGACUAUCGCAGAGUCUCCUGUAGGAGAUCAAGCCAUCUUAGUUAUGAAAGAACUCCCAGAGGACCGGACCAUCACCCUGUAAGCGCUCGGUACACA